AUGGCCGGCCAAUCUGAUCCAAAUGUUUCUAUAUUUUCCGGAGAAGAGGUUGAGUUUAUGGCUGAAGAUGAAAUGGUGGAGAUCGUCCCCAAUAUGAGAAUGGAGCCUCUCAAUAUGCUCUGUGGAGAUUUUGGUCCAUUCUACCCACAAAUGGCUACCCAAGUACCGAUGUGGCUGGCAAUUGCUCUGAAGAAGAGAGGGAAAUGUACAAUUCGACCCCCAGAGUGGAUGUCCGUCGAAAACUUGACUCAGAUUUUGGAAGCGGAGCGGGAGUCUCAGGCAGCAUUUCAAGUCCUGCCUUUCCAUUAUGUUGAAAUCUCAAGCCUUCUUUUUGAUUAUGCAUCUGGUGACAUUCCUGACCUAUAUAUGGUGAGGUCUCUUAUUAAUGACAUAAGGGAUGCGAGGUUUCUUAAGGUUGAAAGUAGUUUAGAAUCGUUCGAGGAUGCUCGCUCUUCUGCAGUGAAGGUCAAAAAUCUAUCUGCAAUGGAAGUGAAUGUUGUUCGCCCAUUUGUUGGGAGAGCGUUACAGUCCUUUUAUAAGCAUGGCAGUCCAGAUUUGGUUCCGAAUCCAGAGGCAAUGUCUGCCAGACGGCCACAAGCAACUGAUAACAUACAAAGAUUGGAUUGUGGAAGGUGA